AGUUCAUAGCUCAAAUCCGAGCAAUUUCAUUGAGAGAGAGGGAGAGAGAGAGAGAGAGAGAGAAAGUGAGAUGAGGCCAAUGCAGAUGGACUUCUUCGCCGACAUGGAAGAGCAGGGGUCGACGAUGGCGAUGGAGGUGGACGAUGUGGACCCACUCGAGAUUUUCGGCGAAGGUGUCAUCAACAUCGACAACAAGCUCGCCGACGCGGAUUUCUUCAACAAUUUCGAGGACGAUUUCGAUGACUCCGACAUCAACUGAUUCUCUUGUAUUCUCAAUCUCUACCGUGGCGCUAUCUGUGUCCCUUUUUCUUUCUAUCUUAGGAGGAUAGGGUUUGCUUUUUUAUCCGUUAAUCAUCAUUUGAGAGGAAAAGAGAAGAGUGUAUUGGAAAUUAUAUGUUGUCAAAUCAUAUAUAUAUGCGCUCUAGUUAAAUAUUUGCAGAAACAUUUUCAAUUCUCUCUUUUGUGAAUUUGCUA